CCACAAACAAACAACAACAAACCUCCUCUUUGAAAGUUCGCGGGAUUUUUGUUGUUUCGAGACACCUUCUUGCUUUCUUUUGCUUGCUUGCUUGUUUGUUGACGUUGUGGGGGGUGCUGCGUGCAUGUUCGAGCAGCGUGACGCGCGCCUCUGACUUCUCUCUUCGCCUUCUACACGACGCCUCCACCCACCGCAAAGGUUCCCGCCUCGCCUCUCUCCGCCCCGGCUUGCUGACAUCGAGCAGUGUCGAUCACAACGCCAAGGCAACGCUCACAACAUCCUGCACAUCCAGCAUACGCGAGACUGGAAGGCAACGACAACAACAGGGCUCGCAGCUUCAGAGAGGCGCAACGCAACUUCGCGCAAGGAAAAGGUUCUUGGCUGGUUGUAUGAAAGGCAACGCACAUUGAGUAGGACCCACCAAGCGUCAACAGAGCACACACAGCAGCAGCAAACAGCAUGACAGAGUUCACAGAGAACAGCAGGGAGUACUCCUCAUUCAACUUGGGGAAUGUCACCUUCAACUGCGGCGACACCAUCUUGGUGAAGGGCGCAUCGUCAAUGGAGUAUGUUGCAGACAUUGUGAGGGUGUUCACCAACAAUGACAGAGACGUGUACGUGGAACUCAAGUGGUUCUACAGGCCAGAGGACUUGCCGGGUGGUCGACAGGAGCACCACGGCGCAGAAGAGGUGCUUCGCUCCAACCACAGAGACAUUGUGAGCGCGCGUGUUGUCGAAGGCCUGUGCGCCGUGCUUCCCAUGCCAGAGUAUGAAGAAAGGCAAGCGAAGGGCCAAGCAGUGUUCAGGGACGGGCAGGCACUCCCGACGUUUUUCUGGCGCUCAAACUACAACGUCAAGACACGCAAGAUCACACGCCCGCCAAAGAAGUUUUGCGUCUGCCGUCGUCCGUACAACCCAGACAAGCUGAUGGUGUGCUGCGAUUCGUGCGACUCCUGGUACCACGCGAAAUGCAUGGGCAUGAACGAAGAAGAGGCGUUGGAGCCGGGCAAAGAGUGGCACUGCCUCAAGUGCAUUGAAACAGGCAAGGUGCCUCGCGCCAAAGCCGAGAAGUUGCUUCAAGAGACGGAAGCCAACACCGCCGUGCGCACGCUCGCUGGCACGAAGAAGGGCGAGCAGCCCGCAAAGCGCGCAAAGUUGCAGGCGAAGAAGAAGAAGAAGAAGCAGCAGCAGCAACCGCAGCCGCCCAAGACUGCCCGCCGCCACAAGCAGAAAGGAGACGCUUCUUGAGUUCUGUGCGUGUGUGCGUUUGGUCUGUCUAUGUUUCUUUGUGUGCAUUUAGUCGCUUGUGCGUGUGUGCAGGUGCAAGUGUGUUUGUCUUUGUUGCAUGUGUCUUCCAUAUGUUCAAAGUCUCCCCUCGCCCAAGCCCUGUCAGUCCUGCCUUUGGUGCUUUUUGUGACUGCUCUGCUGCUGCCUCCUCCCCCCUCACCACACUCGACAGUGUUCAACACGCACGGGCUGUGUGGCUUUGUCUAGUACCAUGGUGCCAUGUGAUUGUACACUGCUUACGGUCCGGGUUUAAUUGAUAUGCGUGUGCUUGCGUGUACGUGUGUUUUGAGUGUACAUGCCUGCGUUCAUGCGUGUUCAUAUGUGUGUGUGUGUGCGUGUGUGUACACGCAUGUGUUCGAAUUUGUGUGAGUGUAAAUGUGAGUGUACAUGUGUGUGUGUGUGUGCUGCUUUUCUUUGUCGAAUCCAACCUCAGCUCAGCUUUCGUGUGUACACACACAUACGUCCAGAUAAAUCAUUUUUACCUG